AUGGAAGCGUUACUCGUAAUUGUUUUGUUAAUCGCUGCUUCAAUUGUUGAUGGAAGCAAUGAGUUUCGUCCCGACUACGAGUACUAUGCAUCAGCUGGCGGCUGGUUCAAGUUCCACAAGGUACCUGCCAAGUGGUACGACGCGCGACUCAUGUGCGACUUCGAAGGAGCAGUUUUAGCGUCGCCUAUCAAUAAUGAUGUCCAUAAUGUGAUGCAAAGCAUUAUUAAUAAGACUGAGCAUGUGUCUCCCGGCGUGUACACUGGAGUUCAUAACACAAUAAUAUCACAAGUAUUUAAUAGCAUAGAAGGAGUACCAUUAUCGGCUUUGUCGGUUCGUACGCGCGAUAUGUUCUCCGAGGAGUACAAUUCAGGGACGCACUGUGCGCGCCUGCUGCCUCAGGAGGGGCUCGUCGCGGGCAGCUGUGACGACAUGCUCCCCUACAUGUGUUACAAGAAGAAGACCGCCGAACUGCGCAUGACCGAGUGUGGGACGGUCGACACAGGUUAUCAACUUAGUGCUAGAACCGGACACUGCUACAAGUUACACGUGUACGCUCUGCCGUGGUCGCUGGCGUACUUGAGGUGUAUCGCUGAAGGAGGGCAGCUUGCCAUCAUCAAUAGCGCCGUGGAGGCUAACGUCCUCAAGGAACUCUUUGCCAAACAACCGGCUUCAUCAAUCAGAAGAAGAUAUCAAGUUUACCUCGGCUUCUAUGAUUGGAAUGAAAAAAACGUCUGGAGAACUAACAAUGGGCAGUCGCUGGAGGAGGCUGGCUACUCGAAUUGGGGUAACGGCUAGCCAGAUAUUUCCAGGGACGGUGGGCAGAACUGCGGCGCAAUGUUCAGAUCGGGGCAAUUGGACGAUGUAGAUUGCUCGAAACUAUCUUUUAUAUGUGAGAAGCAUCCCAAUAAUAUCAUGCCAGUCCCAAACAAUCUUUAGAAGCUUAAUAAAGGUGCCAUUGGAGUGAUGCGGCGCACUACGCAAAUGAAUACAUCGCGAUUCAUGACUGUAUCUAGAGAAAUAUAAUGUAAAAUUAGUGGAAAUAAAUUGAUGUUGUAUGAAACCACAUUCGUUAAUUUAUCAAAGAGUCAUAUAAGUGUCGACUCUGAA